ACCUAGUUACGAUUUAGGGUUCUAAUCCUCUUCUUCAUCACUGCAGUUUUCGCGCGAAAAAAUGGAUCCUGAAGGUCAGAGAAGCUCUUCGACCCCUUCGGCGAUGAUGGCUUCUCUUCUUAGCAGGAGAGCCAAGCUUCAAGAAGAGCUUCGGAACAUCGAAAGACAGGUUUAUGAUAUGGAGACGAGUUAUUUGCAUGAUCCGAACCAAUGCGGCAAUGUAUUGAAAGGUUUCGAGGGGUUCCUAUCUUCAUCUAAGAACACUGCACUCUUGAAGCGGUCCAGGAAGUUCCAGCCUGAAGACAGGCUGUUCUCCUUAUCUUCAGUCACCUCUCCAGCAGUAUGUAUUCUUGAUAAAAUUUAAAUUGUUUGGUCAUUUUCUGUAAGCUUUCCCUCCUUUGUUAUGUUUGCACUUUUACCCUUGACUGUGUAAAAUUUGAUUUAUAUCUUCUAAAAGUUAAAGCACAGCAGGAGGGAUAUCAAUGAAGUAUGAGCCUUCUAAACUUGGCUUUACGUUUGGAAGAACGGGAAAAGGAUAGUGAAAGAUAAGAGGAACUUUCAUACCUAGUUUCCUUUUUACUCUAGGAAUCUUUUAUAAAGCAUUCCACAAGCAGGACUUAGUGGUUGCAUGCCUGUAGCUUGAUGGCUUGAUGCUUGAUGCUGAUCCUUACCCCAUGUUUGGAUUAAGGGAAAUGAGGGGAAAGGAAAGGAGAUGAUUUUUAACCAAUUAAAUGAAGGCUGAAGAGAUCGCAGCUAGCCGAGAUGAUGGGAGGUCAGACUUUGGUCCCAGUCGAUCAAAAGGUGGAGGUUUCUACGCAAAUGGACAAGGAAAACCAAAAAAGGGAAGAGCUGCCCCCAGGGAUGCAAAGAGAUACAGACAUUCAAGUGAACCAGAUUAUGACUAUGAUGAUGAUCCUGACGUGACAUUGUGAGAUCGUUUACUAUCUAAUGAAAUGCUACUUUGUGGGUUGCGGUAAGCUUUUUGCGUAAUCUAAAGCCUGGGACAGAUGGUUUUGUUUUUAAAAGUCUGUCACUGGGAUAAGGUGUUUACAGAAUUUCAAGUGUAUAAAGCAGUAUAUUUUUGUCAAUCAUAUGCGCUAAUGAGUCGGAUGAAUUAAUGAAAUAUAACUGUAACCAUGAAAAUCAGUUCAGUUAUGCAAGCAGACAGCUUCAAGCAA